UUUUUUAUCUAGCUAAUAGAUGUAAUUACCAUAUCGACUAUUUUCUGUCCAGAAUGAGAUGUAGAAUAGUCUUCAUCGACAAGGAUGGCCAGGACAGUUCUCAUGCUGGCGGCGCUCGUGGCUGUCACUGAGCCAUUUUGUGCAGCGCUCUCGCCCAGCCCUCAUUGCCCCUGUGCCAAGCAACCCGCGGAAGUGACGUCACGUCCCUACGAAGAAAAGGAAAUCCUAUCAGCCAGACACCAUGAGUUGCUUUGCUGCCCCGAGGCGCUCCUGGGAUCCCUGCGCGACGGGUACAAGAUCACGUGGGCAUUCAAGGGGAAAGAACUGCACCUAAAUGAAUCUAGAGACUACUGCACUUUCAAGAAACAUCCCAUUUGUGGUUCUGAGACGCUGCAGACCGACUCAGCGCUUCCGACCGACGAGGGGAAUUACACUUGUACUAUUACUACCUCUGACGGCGCUGUGGCUACGAGAACCAUCUCCUUGUGUGUUGCUGUAAGUGAAACAAGGCGAGAGGCUCCCGUAGAGUCUUACGUGUCGCCUCCUCAGCUGGCCCUCCCAAAGCAAGAGGCUCGCUUCUCCUGCCAGGCGCUCGUGGGUCUCGGAGGCUGCGGGAGGUUUCUGGAACACAAUAUUUCGUGGUACAAAGUUGGUGAAGACGGGUCGAAAACACCAGCUGACCUUUUGCCUUCUACCGAGACCGCGAAGGUGAUGCAGAAGAGAGGCAUAGUGAAGCACGAACUGAACAUCAGCCGAGUGGAAUCGGUUCAUUACGGGUCCUACAUAUGCAUUGUCACUAACCAGUAUGGGACUCUCGUUCUCAACUCAACACUUUCAAAUGGAGUCCCAAGCGUGAUGAUGCUCGCCGGGCAGUAUCGAGCGGCCCUUGUUGUGAUGACGAUGACUGGCAUCAUGUUGGUCGUUAUCCUCCUCUUCUGGUUCCGGUGCCGAAUGAUGGUGGCACUCUACUACCGCGAGAAGACGUUCGUUCCUGAUCCCGAAGACAAGCACAAGUACGACCUCUUCGUGAUCAACGGAGACUCGGCCUCCAAGUGGGUGUGGCGCGUCUUCGUCCCUUCGCUGGAGACGACCCUCGGCUACUCCUGCUUCCUUCCCGAUCGGAACAUGGCGGGAGGGGAACUUCUCAUCGACGCCAUCACGGAAGCGGUGUCGAGGUGCCGUUGUGUGGUGGUGGUGGUGACGCCGUGCGUGUUGGAGAACCCGUGGCUCCUGUGGGCGCUGCACCGGGGCGUGGACGCGGCGCUCACCUCCAACACUCGCCUCUUCGGGGUCGUGUUGCAGGACAUUCGCCAGGUCCCCAAACAGCCGGAAAAUAACAAGGCCAGAAGCAUCCUGAAGACACUCAGGAAGAUCGACGUCCCCCUGUGCCUUCGCCUGCUGGAGGACGCCGCCCCCGCCGACGAGCCCAUCACGGAGGAGCCGCCGCGGUGCAUCGAGAACAGGAACCUCAGCCUCCCCGACAGGACCCACCCCGCCCUCAGAUCCCGCUCGAAGUCCCCGAAGAACCGGCGCCUGGCCAACAUGAUCCUCGGGAGCAACAACACGUCCAGAGAGAAACGAGAGAGGAAGAGCGACAGACAGAAGAAAGGCAUGGAGAACGCGGAAGCAGGGCUCAAGAAAGAACUGGGAAAGGGGAAGGACAGAAGAAAUCCGAAGAAGGAAGGACCUGUUGUUUUCACCGAGAAUGAGGAUGACCUGCAGGACCUAGGUUCCCCGUGCUCGGUAACGCCCUUCCUCUUCCCGAACCGAGCGCGUCCGAGGAGGCGGAUGAAUAGAAUGACCCUGAGUAACUGCCUGAAGCUGAUGUGCGCCGGGGACCCCGAACAACUCUUCUGGCAGAGUGUCCGGCUACAGCUGGGUCCGCCAAGCAGCUUGAGGAAGGCAGGCGGUGCCCCGAAGGACUGCACGAUAUAGUCAAUAUAGACUUUCAGUUAAUUCAAUACAGACACACACACCAUAUAUAUACUAUAUAU